AUGGCUUCCAAAUUCGGUUUGGCCGGUGGAAUACCGGAGCGACGUGUCCGGCCAAUCUGGGAUGCUAUCGAUUCUCGUCAGUUCAAGAAUGCUCUCAAGCUCGUCACUUCGCUUCUCUCUAAGUAUCCUAAAUCACCUUAUGCUUUGGCGCUUAAAGCUCUGAUUCAUGAGAGAAUGGGGAAAACUGAUGAGGCAUUAGCAGUUUGCUUGGAUGCUAAAGAGCUUUUGUAUAAAGAUGAUUCAUCGUUGAUGGAUGAUCUCACUCUCAGUACUUUGCAGAUUGUGUUGCAGAGACUUGAUCACUUGGACUUGGCCACUAGUUGUUAUGCUCAUGCUUGUGGCAAAUUUCCUAAUAAUUUGGAGCUUAUGAUGGGGCUCUUCAAUUGCUAUGUUCGUGAAUAUUCUUUUGUGAAGCAGCAACAGACAGCCAUCAAAAUGUACAAACUUGCCGGAGAAGAAAGGUUCUUACUGUGGGCAGUUUGUAGCAUCCAAUUACAGGUUUUAUGCGAUAAGAGUGGAGAGAAACUGUUGCUUCUAGCUGAGGGUUUACUUAAGAAGCACAUUGCCGCUCAUAGUAUGCAUGAGCCAGAAGCUCUCAUGGUGUAUAUCUCUUUGCUGGAACAACAAUCCAAAUACAAUGAUGGUUUAGAAGUGCUUUCUGGAAAUUUGGGAUCUCUUUUGAUGAUUGAGGUCGAGAAACUACGGAUACAGGGGAGACUCCUUGCUAGGGCAAAUGACUAUUCUGCUGCUGUUGAUGUCUAUAAAAAAAUCUUAGAAGUGAGUCCAGAUGAUUGGGAGUGUUUCCUACACUAUCUCGGCUGUCUGCUUGAAGAUGACAGCAUCUGGAAGUACUUUGACAAUAGUGAUCAAAUUCAUCCAACAAAACACACAGAAUGCAAGUUUUCUCACCUUACAGAAGAAAUGUUUGAUUCUCGUAUAUCAAGUGCUUCAGAUUUGGUGCAGAAAUUGCAGAGAGACACUGAGAAUACUAACUUAAGGGGUCCGCACUUGGCAGAAAUUGAAAUUGAGAAGAGAAAGUUGUUGUUUGGAAAGAAGAACGAAAGCACGCUACUAGAAUCAUUACUGCAAUAUUUUAUCAAAUUUGGUCAUUUAGCUUGCUAUGCCUCCGACGUUGAAGCAUGCCUACAAGUAUUAUCUCCAAAUAAAAAGGCUGAAUUUGUUGAAAUGUUAGUGAAAAGUUCUGACUCCGUUUCUGCAUCAGCAACCAAAGUGCUUGGUCAAACAACAACAAUACUCAAAGUUCAAGAACUGACGGGAUUCAUUUUUGAGCUCCCUCUCGGCGAGAUUGAAGCCUCUGCUGUCAAACUCGCAAAAUUGUACUGUCAAAAUCUUCCUCUUUCUAAGGAUUUGGAUCCUCAAGAGAGCAUGUUUGGGGAAGAACUUCUAUCUUUGAUUAGCAACAUGUUGGUCCAGUUAUUCUGGCGUACUCGAGAUUUUGGCUACCUUGCUGAGGCUAUCAUGGUUCUUGAGUUGGGCUUGACCAUCAGAGGACAUGUCUGGCAGUACAAGAUCUUGCUGUUGCACAUAUAUUCAUAUAUUGGUGCUCUUCCGCUUGCAUUUGAACGGUAUAAAGCUCUUGAUGUGAAGAACAUCUUGACAGAAACGGUUUCACACCAUAUUCUACGUCAAAUGUUGGAAUCUCCCAUGUGGGUGGACUUAAGUAAUCUUCUAAAAGACUAUCUCAAGUUUAUGGAUGAUCAUUUGAGAGAGUCCGCAGACCUUACAUUUCUUGCUUACCGCCAUAGAAAUUACUCAAAAGUUAUCGAAUUUGUCCUAUUCAAACAAAGAUUGCAGCACUCAAACCAGUACCAAGCUGCGAGGGUUGAAGCGUCUGUCUUGCAAUUGAAACAGAAUGCAGACAGCAUCGAGGAAGAAGAACGCAUUCUUGAAAACCUGAAAUCUGGAGUUGAACUUGUGGAGCUCUCGAAUGAAGUUGGAUCCAAGACACUGAGGUUCAAUGAAGAUAUGCUAACACGACCAUGGUGGACACCUUGUCCUGAGAAAAACUAUCUACUAGGUCCGUUUGAAGAAAUUUCUUACUGUCGCAAAGAGAAUGUGAAUAAAGAUCGUGAAGUAAACAUGAAACGAGCCAUCCAGAGGAAAUCCCUUCUACCUCGGAUAAUGUAUCUCUCUAUUCAGUGCUCGUCAACGGCAUUAAAGGAAAGUGUUGAAGCCAAUGGGUCUGGAGGUGACCUCAAAAUCUACGGAGAACUUAAGGUAUUACUGGAGGAAUACACAAAAAAGUUGGGAUGUUCUCUCAGUGACGCUGUAGAAAUGAUCACAGACAUCUCACAGGGUGCAAGGACUUCCGAGAGCCUCGGUUCAGAUUUGGUGGACUGGUUGACUUUUGCGGUGUUUUGGAAUGCUUGGAGCCUGAGUUCCCACGAGCAUUGGCAUGUGUUGAACUUGCUAUUUGAGAGGCUUAUUAUGGACAGAAUCAGAUCAAUGGGAUCUUCAGACAUGAAUUCUUGCUAUUCUGAUAUCCAGGUCUUGGUUCAGAUCAUCACUGAACCGUUGGCAUGGCACAGUCUUAUAAUUCAGGCCUGCACCCGCUCAUCUCUCCCAUCUGGGAAAAAGAAGAAGAAACCUCAACAUUCAGAUCAAUUAUCUUCCUCCCCGAUGUCUCAAGCGAUCAAAGAGUCUAUACAGUGCUUAUGGAGCACAGUACAAGAAGUUUCUAACUGGCUUCUAAGUCAAAUGAACAACCCAGAAGAUGAUCAAGUGGAAAGAUUUCUGUCAACUCUGAAGAGAAAUGAAGACACAGGAGGACCGGGACAGGUUCUUGGGGUUUUAGAGAGUUUCAUCGCAUCCAGCGAAGAAUCAGAGGUUGGGAAUCGCAUUUUCGAAGCACUGAAAUCAUGGAGCACAGCAGAUUCAGCACGUAAAACAGUCGUGGCGCAACAGAGACUCCUCCGUGAGUUUCACCAGAUCUGUGAAUCUAAGAGCAAGCUACUGGAAACGCUCAAGCAACAGUUGUCCCAUGUUUGA